CCACUAUUUUCUCGUCAAUGAUUUUCUUCGCCAUUAGUAGUUAACUCGAGAGAUGUUGAGAAUCAAAGUAGGCCUACUAAUCACUUGACAGUACGGCAGAUCAAACCACUAAGCAAGCGUUUCAACCCAAGAUAUUCCGUUCAUUGACCUUAAUGAAUCUAGUGCAUCAUUUCUUUGAUAUGGGUCGCUACACGACCAGGAUUUCAUCACGCUGCUGAGUCCUCUGUAGUACGGGCCUUCAACAAUGCCUUCGACAGUGAGGCUAAUUCUAGGCCUUGAGACCUUUGUCAUCAUGACUCAUUCUCUGCUGCCCCACCAAUACAUGCACAUGUAAACAAACGAUCCUCGAAGUGUUCCAAAAACGUAACUCGAGACAUCUAGCGGAUGAUCCCCAGCAAGAGAUCGAGAACAGUGAGAGCACUUCUUCUUCGAUCCUACUACCACUGUCGGCGACAGUCGACAGUCGUCGGUAGGGGCCGUAGGGGCCCUCUAUUCUGAAGGCCGUUCAAAAAGUCUUUCUCUUUCCGUCGGUCUCCAUUGGUGUGUUGUGACUUGGGCUCUACCAUGGAAGUCCGCAUUUGCAUCCCGUCAAAUUAGUAAAGAAGCAAGCAAGAAGCGCCUCUUCCUUUAAUCAACAUGGUUAAGUACAAACAGCCCAAGAAAUUGUAUGACCUUUGUCAUAAAUGGUUUUGCGAGUACUUGGGCGACAAGGUCAUGAGUGCGGGCCAUGACAGUAUAAGUAGUGCCAAACAUCAAACCCUGAGUCUAGUUCGGGUGAAACUGAGACCCUUCUUUGUGGAACACUUACCCGUGGUGGUGAGAUCCAGUCUCUUGGAAGCGACCAGUGAGUUCCUUCUGCAGAAAUCGCUCUUGUCUGGCGUGGAUUGCGAUUAUGGCAGGUCCAUUUUGUACUUGCUCUACCUUCUGCUGAGUAAGGAGGUGAAGCAACUCAAAGUGACGUUGUGUUGCUAUUAUGGAUGUCGAGAUAUGGAGGGCGUUUUGCGAUACAUUAAAAAGAACGGCAACGCCCUGGAGCAUCUGGAACUUUGCCGAUCGUCAUUGCUGCGCAUGGAUCCUUUAUUGUUCCGCAAUGUGUUAACAUCGGCUACGAAUCUCACCUCUUUGGUGGUGAGGAACAUUUGUUCUGAUGCCAUGCUCAAGCUGAUUGGCACCCAUUGCUAUGCAUUGCAGUAUCUGGAUAUCUCACAUUCCAAGCAAGUGUCAGAUCUGGGGAUCGAGUCUCUAUGUUGUCAGGUACAAAUUCGGGACAAACGUGAAAUGUCAGAUACGGAGCUUCAUGAGAUUCCAUUUCGAAUGGUUGACCAAACCUCCACCACAAUCACUGUCCAAGAGGAUUUUGGAGAUACUGGCUCCUCGUCCGUGGGCUGUGUCGGAAAGAUGCCCUCUUGGCGGGAGUUUCGUCAGAAAAUGCGGGAUUAUUUAAUCACUUCCGAUCAGAAUCGGAACGAGGAGUGUCUAGUGGAAAUUAAACAAGUUCAUCAUCCUUUGUGCUAUACUUUGAAGGCCUUUGAUAUCACGGAUACGAGUGUGACCAACUCCGGAUUGCUCAUCAUUUUGAAGAAGAUCCGAAAGAUUCACUCAUUGGGCGAGUACAGCAUCUCGGACAACUUCCUCCGGAAUCUCAAUGUGGCGUCCAUUGUGAAUUCGGAUCAGUUUGAGUUGAAUGCAGUCCAUUCACGAAAAGUUACCGGAGCGGGAAUGCUUAAUCUAGUACGUGUGAUGCCCAAAAUCCGAUCGUUGACCUGCUGGGAACCCCAAUUCGACAUCGGGGAGCUCAGCUGCUUGAAUGGCCUCAAACAGUUAACUCUAUUGCGAUUGACAUUUGCGGAGAACACGGUCCGACAAAUCAUGAGCUUCAUAGAGGAAUCGGAAGUGGUUCAAAUUUUGGACAAGAUCUGUCUAGAAUUUAUCGUGCACGAAGAGUAUUUACAAUACAGUCGCUCACCGAAUAUGCAAGAGUUCGACAUAUCCCGGAUUUUCGAAUUUUGCGACAAUCUCAAGGUGUUCAUGAUUGAGUUCAAAGACAGCCUCCUCAUGACGCCACCAAUUGGAUUCAUUCUCAAGAGACAUCCGCCCAAUUGCCUAUCAUCCAUGGUGCACAUCCAGUUGGGUCAAGUGGUUCAAAACAGCGCAGUUUCCGUGAUAUUGGCCUUUUGUCCCAGCUUGAAACACUUUCAUUGCAACACGUGUCCGGAUCUGACAGAUCAUGAGCUCCACAUCUACGCUAUGCAGACCGUUUGUCGACACCUGGAAUGCUUUUAUGUGUACGAAGCCCCUUGUUUGACCUUUAACUCGUUCCAAACACUCAUCGAUUGUUUUCCGGAUCUCCAGAGAUUCGGCAACCUCACUCGUUGGGCCAUCAAUUGCGAGGGCAUUCAAAACGUGGUUCGGACUAUUCGAGACAAUAACUUUGAAAUCGAGAUCUUGUGUGGAUCUCACUGGUUCUCCUCAAAGUGUUCGCAAUCAGUCCAAUUGAAUUGCUAUCAUCAUAAAUCUGUCUUGCCCGGAUCCGCUCACUCCAACUUUGGAGGAGAGCUCCAUUAUCCGUUUCGUCAUUGGAUCAACGUCUGAAUACCCGAGGGUUGGUCGUGGCCGACACCGCCAAAGAAAAAUAGAGUAUUUGCUAAGCUCUCACUGUUUUCAUACAUUCAGAAAUAAUAUGAUUGACCACUUUUACACAAUUAUUUGUCUUUUAUUUGUACACACGUGUUCAUGUAGUAAAAGGUUAUUAGGUAGUAGUACCGUACAAGUCGUCGUCUCAUACAUUCGCUCAGAUUUAUGGAAAAUACACUUUUGUUGCAAUCGGUAAGUUAUCGUCGGAAAUUAUUCGUCCCUUAAUUUCUAACAUCGUAAGAUACGUUUUAAGUUUUGUUCCCAAACCAGUUCUUCACUCUCGGUGUUGCAAGAUCACUUUGUAAGCUUGAGGAUUGCGGAUAAAUCCGGUUCCAGCUUCAUAUUGUGUCUUGAUUUCCCGUUUGUCUCCCGUGGGCAAUCUCAAAGAAAAUGUAUUCAAGAAAUU